UGUCUGCUGCGGCUGUCAAAAAGAACGGUUGAGUUGAAGAAGAAACAGCAGCAGAAGAAGAAAGUAAAAAAAAGAAAGUGAGUGAAGAAGGUUGUUGUGGGUGAAGAACUGCUGGCCAAACACGGUGAUAUAUUCAAGUGGUUGGUGGUAGACGAACGCCAAUUGGAGAAAAAAAGAAACCGAAUUCGAAGCAUUUCGUCGGUGGAUUUAAAUUGCUGGUGUAUCGCAAUUCUGCAGCAGUUGCAGCUAGGAAGGAGGAAGUUUCGUUUUUCUUUUUAGUUUUGUUGUCUUCGUCUUCGUUUGUUUAUUUUUUUUGGUGCGAUAAUUGUGGUUCAGUCUGAAUAUGGCAGACCUGGAUAGUUGGAUUGAAAUAGCGAUGGAAUGCAAGUAUCUGCCGGAGAACGAUCUGAAGAAACUGUGCGACAUCGUCAGCGACAUCCUGCUGGAAGAGUCUAAUGUGCAGCCGGUCUCCACGCCUGUCACGAUAUGCGGAGACAUCCACGGACAGUUCUACGAUUUGGAGGAGCUGUUCCGCUGCGGUGGACAAGUGCCAGAUACCAACUACAUCUUCCUGGGUGACUUUGUGGACCGGGGCUACUACAGCCUGGAGACUUUCACCCGUCUGCUCACCCUCAAAGCCAAGUACCCCAACAAAAUUACCUUGCUGAGAGGCAACCAUGAGAGCAGACAAAUCACGCAGGUGUAUGGAUUCUACGACGAGUGCUUGACCAAGUACGGCAACGUGAAUGCAUGGAAGUAUUGCUGCAACGUCUUCGAUCUGCUCACUGUCGCUGCUCUCGUGGACGAGCAAAUUUUGUGUGUCCACGGAGGAUUGAGCCCCGACAUCAAGACCGUCGAUCAAAUUAGAUGCUUGGAGAGGAACCAGGAGAUUCCGCACAAGGGUGCAUUCUGUGAUCUGGUGUGGUCGGAUCCGGAAGAUCUGAAUGGAUGGUCCACGAGUCCCAGAGGCGCCGGUUUCCUGUUCGGUGCGAAUGUUACGCACGACUUUAUGCAGAUAAACGGAUUAUCCUUGAUAUGCAGAGCCCAUCAGUUGGUGCAUGAAGGCUACAAAUACAUGUUCGAUCAGCAAUUGGUGACAGUGUGGUCGGCUCCAAAUUAUUGUUACCGUUGCGGAAACAUUGCGAGCAUCCUCGAGUUCCAAUCGACGUUCAAGAUGGAGCCGAAGCUUUUCAAUGCAGUUCCUGAUGCGGAACGUGUCAUACCUAGUCGGACAGUGAUACCCUACUUUUUAUAAAUUAAUUAAUUAAUAUUAAUAAUAAUGUUUGUAGUUUUUAAAUUUUUACAUAUACAUCUACACAACACAUACUAC